AGGCAGAGGAAUCUUCAUCACUCUCUCUCACUCUGCAACUCACUCUAUUCUCGAUUCUUCUCUCUCUCUCUGCUACAGAUUUCCACAAACAUCUGCUACCAAUGGCUGUUGAGAUCUGCGUCAAGGCCGCCGCUGGCGCCCCCGGCAUUCUCGGAGACUGCCCAUUUUGCCAGAGGGUUUUGCUGACUUUGGAAGAGAAGGGAAUUGAGUACAAGCAGCACUUGAUCAGCUUUGACGCCAAGCCCCAGUGGUUUCUGGAAGUGAAUCCAGAAGGGAAGGUGCCGGUUAUCAAGUUUGGUGAUGGAGAGUGGAUUUCUGAUUCUGAUGUAAUCGUUGGUAAAUUGGAGGAGAAAUACCCAAAUCCUUCUCUCUCUGCUCCUCCUGAAGUCUCCUCAGUGGGCUCCAAGAUAUUUCCUACCUUUGUCAAAUUCCUGUUGAGCAAGGAUGCCAGUGAUGGAACAGAACAAGCUCUGCUUGAUGAACUGAAGGCGUUGGAUGAGCACCUGAAGACUAAGGUGGGACCGUAUGUCAAUGGAGGUAACAUUUGUGCUGUUGAUUUGAGUUUGGCACCGAAGCUUUACCAUCUUGAUGUGACACUUGGCCAUUUCAAGGGUUGGACUAUUCCCCAAAGCUUGACUCAUGUGCAUAAAUACAAGGAGCUGCUGUAUUCUCGGGAGUCUUUCAAGAAAACACAGGCUGCGAAGGAACAUGUCAUUGCUGGCUGGGCACCAAAAGUUAACGCAUGAGUGUGUCUCUGAUCCACCUACAUCAUAGAAUCUGCUGGUAUUGCUCCACUGACUACUUUGUUGUAGGAAUUAUGCAGGUAUCCUAGAAUGCUCCUUGCAAAUAAUAAUGUCUAUCUUGUUAGAAACGACGACGAACAUGUAUAAAUGUUGUGGAUCUGCUCAUCAUGAUGUGUGGUUGAUAUAAGAUUCUGUUUUAUCAUUCA